CCCCCACGCCCUACGGAUGACAGGCUCCACCCGGCUUGCAAGAUCAACUAUUCAUGACUUAUAUCUAGGGAACACUUUUUCCACUGGUCAAAUAUCAACUCGUAAAAAGGCUAAAAAUGCGCCGUGCAACGCGACCUUCAACUUAUGAGCUGGCCGAGCUCGACGCCACCGUUCCUGAAAAUACAGAUGUCGGCGUCAGUCUGGCAUUUCCAGAAGGCGGGCGCGAAGCCUGGACUUGUCUGCUAGGCUCUGCUCUGCUGAUGUUCCCCUCAUUUGGCUUUCAAACAGCUGUGGGAUCGGUCCAGGAUUAUAUCAGUACUCAUCAGCUAGCUGCAUACAACGUUCGAGAUGUCGGCUGGAUCACGGCCGUACUGGUCUUUUUGACUCUCUUCCUUGGAGUUCAAGUAGGCCCUCUAUUCGACCGUUACGGACCUCGCAUGCUCUUAAUCUGCGGUUCUCUUGCUAGUGUGACCUCCUAUCUGCUUCUGGCAGAAUGUACCGAGUACUGGCAUUUCAUGCUAUGCCUGAGUGUAUUGGGGGGCAUCUCUUCGGCAGUGAUCACAACGGUCAGUAUCGCCGUUCUUAGCCACUGGUUCUAUCGGCGUCGUGCUCUCGCUUCUGGGCUCUGUAUGAGCGGGUCUUCCGCCGGCGGUGCCAUCAUUCCUCUGCUGUUGAGAACCUUGUUCCAGCGAUACGGCUGGACAUGGGGUAUCCGCAUCAUCGCGUUUAUCGCAUUAGGCUGUUAUUCGGCAGGAAUCUUCCUAGUCAAGGGGCGACUGCCGGCUGGGAACGUGAGCAAAGCCAUGAUUGAUUUCCGAGCAUUCCGAGAACCCCGACUUUGCUUUCUCGCCGUGGCUGUUUUCGCUUUCGAAUUCAUUAUCUUUGGCUGUGCUGCACUUUUACCCACCUACGUCCGCUACACGGGCCUGGACCUCAAUGUCCAGUUCUAUUCGCUCACUGUGCUGAAUAGCAUGAGUUUGAUGGGCAGAGUGUUGCCUGGUUUUGCGGCGGAUCAAGUGGGACGUUUCAAUAUCCUGCUCUUCCUGGCCUUGAUUACCCUUCUUGUCAUGUCGGCCGUAUGGAUUCCAUUUGGGUCCCGCGAUGAAGCUACGCUGUACGCGGUAGUUGCGAUCUUUGGGUUUGGAUCGGGGGGUUGGGUAUCUCUUGCGCCCGUGUGUGCUGGCCAGUUGUGUCGCACAGAGGAGUAUGGUCGUUUCUACGGCACGAUCUAUAGUGUCGCCGCUUUCGGCGUCCUGCUGACGGUCCCCAUUGGUGGUGAGCUGUUGCAGUCGACCACACCGCAGACUCUCGUUGGAUUCUAUUCAGCUGUUUUACUUGUAGGGUUGAUCAGCGUUGCGCUAUCGCGAUGGGCACUGUUGGGCUGGAGAUGGCAAUGGAAGGUGAAGGUUUAA